AAAGAUUCCCAUUAUUAGGACUCUAACAUUGCGGCGUAUAUGAAGAGUUGUUUGAUCUUGCGCCAGCGCUUAGAGUUAGUGCAAGGGAGAAAGGCUUGGUGGCAGCACGUGUCAAUGUGGUCCCUCAGCAUCUCCCAUUUUUCGCACACUGUGUUGUCGAGCAAGGGUUGAGAACAUACAUUUUGUUACGGAGACACAUCCUGUCGUGAAGUCCACCACCGCUCUGGUCUUUCGUAUCAUUCCUACAGAGUCCAAGCAAGGCUAGCUAGACAGCAUUUUGCACCCCACCUAUAACAUAGUAUUCUAGACUGGCGCACGCUUGCUCAUACCAAAAAGAAGAUCCAAAAUACUGCCGGGAAUCAUGAGGCUGCUCAUGGCAGUGUUUUCGGGCCUGGCUGCAAAUGAUACUGGGCACCAUCACCAUCACCCAGUACUGACGGACGAGCAGUGGUUCAUGUACAUCUCCAUCGUAGUCGGACUGGUCUUGCUGGCAGGAUUGAUGAGCGGUCUCACGCUGGGAUUAAUGAGCAUGGACGUUCUGGACAUGGAGGUCCUGCGCAGGAGUGGAUCUCCUCAGGAGAAGGCCUGGGCGAAGCGUAUUGAGCCGGUUUUAAGGCGCCCCCACUUCCUCCUGGUCACGCUAGUGCUGUGCAAUGCUGCAGCCACAGAGGCGCUGCCAAUCUUCUUGGAUCGCUUGGCUGACCCUAUUACUGCCGUACUCAUAUCCAUUACUGUGGUGCUUAUCUUCGGUGAAAUUAUCCCGCAGGCCAUCUGCUCCCGUUACGGGCUCCAGGUGGGCGCUUACUCAGCCUGGUUCGUGCGCGGGCUGAUGAUGUCAUGCGCGGUCAUUGCGUGGCCCAUCUCCAAGAUCCUGGACCACCUUCUGGGCCCUGAGCAGACGGCUCUGUUCCGGCGCUCCGAGCUGAAGGCAAUGGUGGACAUUCACGGGGUGGAUUACGGGUUGGGAGGGGAUUUGAGCGAGGAUGAGAUCACCGUAAUACGGGGGGCGCUUGACCUGUCCAACAAGACUGCCGUCACCUGCAUGACGCCCCUUGAAAAGGUGUACAUGCUGAGCGCUGACAUGCUGCUAAAUGAGGCGGCGCUGCUAUCCAUUCUGGAGUCUGGCCACAGCCGCAUACCAGUGCACAAGCCCGGGAACAGGAAGGAGCUGAUCGGCAUCAUCCUGGUCAAGGAGCUGAUACUAGUGGACAAGGAGGCCAGCACGCGCGUGGGCGAACUCAAAAUGCGAUCAGCGCCGCAGCUGCGCGCCGACACGAGACUAUAUGACAUGCUGCGGCUGUUUGAGACCGGGCGCUGCCACAUGGCCGUGCUCGUGCAGCCGCCCGCGCAAUCCACCCCACGGCCCAGCACCGUACAUCAUGCCGAGCCGCUGGGGAUCAUCACUAUCGAGGAUGUCAUCGAGGAGCUGCUACAACAGGAGAUUGUGGAUGAGACGGAUAGGUAUAUAGACAACCUGCGGUUGCAGAGAGUGAACGCCGCGCUACUGACGAGCAGCCUGCCCAAACACCUGCGCAAGUGA